GUCUGCUAUUAACGGCCCUCGCGACGCCGCUGUGAGGCGCAACAUUAAGGGUGCCGUUACAUGGAGCGUAACUUGCGUAAGCGUAACCUGCGUACCCUAGUGAGUAGCUAGAAUAGGCACACUACGUAUUCUAGUAAAUUACUAGAAUGUACACUAUUCUGAAAAUUCCAUUUUACAUGGCGCGUACUUUGCGUUAAAUGCGCAUAAAGCGUAACAAGCCUGACCAAUAACAGAUCAGGACUUCUGUUGUACAAUACAAUAGAAAUAAAUCGAUUGGUUAUUUAAGCGUAUUGCUAAAUACGCGUCAUGUGAAAUAGAUACUUUGAUAUAAGAAUGUGUUGAAGCGUACUAUAUAUGUGUAAUGUAUGUACGAGUAUGUGUGAAAUAACCUAAAUAAAGUAUACGGAGUGGUUGACUGGUUGACGACGCGUGUCUAGCACAAAAAACCUGGAAUCUCUUAAACAUGGAUUCUAAUCUUGUAUUAGCGGUUCUUGCCAACAAAUUGCAGAAGUGGAGAAAGGCAAAAGCAACAUUACAGCACCGGAAAGUUGAAAAAAGGAAUAUAGCGAAACUCAUUGUGCUAUGGAAACUUUUAGUGGAGCGUAAGAGAAAAGAAGAAAAUCAGAGAACAUGGGUUCGUCCAAUUUUCACGGAGUUACGAAGAUAUUUGCAAGGAGCCAGUGAUAAUCUGGUUGUAGAAAUGGAACUACAAGAUAAGGAAAUGUUUUACAAUUACUGUAGAAUGUCUACAGAAUUGUUCGAACAGUUAUUGAGUAUUGUUGGACCUUUUCUGAAUAAACAAAUUGUUGUUCGAGACCCAAUACCGGCUCGCACGCGGUUAUUAGUGUGCUUACGUUACUUAGCUUCCGGUGACAGUAUGACCUCAAUAGCUUACGCAUUUAGAAUCGGAACAAGCACUGUUUCAAAGAUUAUUAAUGAAACAUGCGACAUAUUAUGGAAUUCUCUCCGCGAAUCUGUAAUGCCACCAAUAAAUGAAGAAAGUUGGUUAAAAAUCGCGGAUGAGUUUGAAAGGCAAUGGAAUUUUCCACACUGUAUAGGUGCGAUAGACGGCAAGCACGUUAUUUUACAGGCACCACCUCAUAGCGGGUCGGUAUAUUAUAACUAUAAAGGGACGCAUAGUAUUAGUUUGUUAGCAGUUUCAGAUGCCAAUUACUGCUUCACGCUAGUGGAUAUUGGAGCCGAGCGUAGACAGAGUGAUGGAGGCAUCUUUGCAAACUCAAACUUUGGUCAACGAUUCGAAAGAAAUGAGAUGAAUGUACCACAACCGAAUGCAAUAGAACCAAACGGACCUUCUCUACCAUACGUGUUACUGGCAGAUGAGGCAUUCGCUCUGAAAGAGUAUAUGAUGCGACCGUAUCCUCGAAGUGGUCGAUUAAAUCGCCAGAAAAAAAUAUUUAAUUACCGUUUAAGUCGAGGGAGAAGAGUAGUCGAAAGUUCGUUUGGAAUUUUGACAUCACGAUGGCGGAUCUAUCGGCGGCCGAUAAUUUCAUCUAUCUCCACUGCAACAAAAAUUGUCCAAGCGACUACAUGCUUACACAAUUUUGUUAUGAAACAUGAAAACAAUUUCCAAAGGCAGUACCCUCGCACUGCCACGAAUGAUACAGAUUGUAUUCACGGUGCAUUGAGAGAAAUUAACGAUGCUGGCAGAUGUAACGCUCACUCUCGACUUGUUUCUAGAAUCCGAGACGAUUUUGCCUCGUAUUUUGAACACGGCGGAGCAGUACCCUGGCAGUGGCAGAAAGUUCUUAACAAUGAUUUUUAAUUAUACACUUUCCAUAUCUCCGUAUAAAUGGUAUAUAUACAAGUAAUCUGCCUCAUGAGACGGAUGUCAUUGUUCUGUAAAAUAUAUUACUGUUGUCACAGGAUUACACAGUUUAGUUGAAAACCAAAA